ACCUACUACAAAUGAAGUCAAUCAUCAUCACCAUUAUGAUCUUCUUUGUCUCCGCAGCUGCUCCUAAAAAACUAGACAGUGUGGGGGUCUAUUGGGGUCAGGACGGGCCAGAGGAGGGAACCCUUGUUAGUGCACGCGCUACAGACCGAUACUCCAUCCUCGUAAUGGUCUACCUGACCAAUUUAGGAUCAGGCAGAACUCCAAUACUUAAUUUCACCGGCCACUGCAACCCCACAAACAACAACUGCAAUAUGAGCGAAGACAUCCGCUUUUGUCAGGAACGUGGAAUUAAAGUCAUGCUCGCCGUUGAGAUUUAUUCUCUAUCCUCAAGGGAUGACGCCAAAAAUGUCUCCCGCUACUUGCAGAACAACUUUUUGGGCGGCCGGUCAGCAUAUCGCCCACUCGGUGACGCCGUCCUGGACGGGAUACUGUUCAUGAACCAGCAGGACCUCCUAUACUAUGAUGACUUGGUUAUCUUUCUGUCCAAUUACAACAACAAUUCUUCUUCUGGUGGAAAGCUUUCUCUGGCAGCGGCACAUCCGUGUCCACCUCCCGGUAGCACAUCAAUGGGGCCUGCAGUUGAUUCGGGAUUGAUUGAUCUUGUUUUCAUUGAAUCCUAUUCCACUACUAAUAGCCGCCAGUGCGACUAUAACGGAAACAUAAGUGAGUUUAAGAAUUCGUGGGAGACGAUGAACGCAAGGAUUCCCGCAAGAAAGAUAUAUCUGGUUUUGCCAGCAUCUCCCCAGGUGGCUCAAAGUGGGUUCAUUCCGGCUGAUGUCCUGAAGUCGGAGAUCCUGCCCGUGUUGACCAAGUUGCCCAGGUUCGGAGGGGUGAUGAUCCAGUCAAAGUUAGGGGAUGAUAAGACAAGGUAUACCGACCAAAUCAACAGCUAGCUAGCAAGUUAGCUGCUAACUGUGUAGUUUUCACAUAACCAUCUAUUUUACGAGUGAGUGAGUGAGUAAAUUGAACGCCCCUAUCUGGGUUUCCGUACAAUUGAGGUGUGUGUUUUUUUCCUGCUAAUCAAGGGAGAUUGAGUUGAGUUGCAGCUGAGGUCUUCGGCUACCAAAUGUUUGUCUAUUCCCCUGUUUUCUCUCACAGGGAGGUGGAAGGGACAGGGGAACAAACAAACAUUUGGUAGUAGAGGAUCUCACCAGAGGUGAGCGUGUUGGAGUUCC